AUGGCUAUUAACUAUUCACCAGAUGUGGUUUGGAGAAAUCAAAAACGAAAACUUCAAAAACUCAGAGAACAAGUUACGAGAUGUGGCAACAAUGCCUCUCGCUAUUUGACUGAAAUUCUUGAAUGGGAUAUAGAUUCGAUUGGUACAAUCAAACCAUUUGGAGUUUACAAUGGCCGAAAUGGAGAGCUCAGAGAUCACACAAAGGAUCUCAUUGAACCAGAACAUUUUGAGCAAACAACAAGAUUGGAUUCAGAAGUACCUGUAACAAGCACUACUACUAACCAAGGAAAUGGCUCAUUCUGGGGAGCACUUGCUGUUGUUGGGGCAGUUUCUUUAGGAGCCAUGUAUGUAGCUACCAAUAAUAAUAACCCUCCCAAUCAACAACAACAACAAAUUCAACAACAAGGAAGAAGAAACAAUGAAAAUGAAGAAAGCCAACAAGAAUGCUUAAUUAUGUAA